CUUGUCAAAUAUGUGUUUAGUUAAAUAAACUAGAGCAACAAUGGAAGUAUUUGAGUUCAAAAAAUCCCUACUAGUGCGACAGCAAGAAGCGCUCCAGGUCCUUGGUGCUCGAGAUGUUCCCAUGCCAGCAUCAACCGUUCGAAAAGAGUGGGCGCUCUUUCUGGAAAUAGCCAUGGAACCAACGGGAUGGCAAGCACUAUGGCGGAUUCCUCGUCUCGUGUGCCAAGAACUAUCGACCAAAUUUCCCACAGUCGUAAUGGGAACUGUCGAGAAGGUACUAUUUGACGACCUGAAAGCAAUACUCGUAGUGGAAGCAGUCGAAAAUGAUGAUUUCCACCUGCCAGAAAAACAGAUAAUCCCACUGUGCGACCUGUGGCCACUAAAACAUCAAAGGAUCGAGCUUCUCAACAUCGAUCGCACGGCGGAUUGCAUCGAUCAGUUGAGAUUCUUCUACCAGCACGUCUGGAUGCCUUGGGACUACGACGACGACGACGAAGAUCGAGACUGGCCCAAGAAGCAUCUAGAAAGCAGAAUCAAAUUCUACUGUGACCUCAAGAAUAAAACUAUGCCCAAGCGAUUGACUUGCCAUGUAUUGACUCUGCUGGACGAAGCCAAUCAACUGCAAAAGAAGCGAGAAUUGCUUGAACUCGAAACUGAAGACGAAGAUGGAACCGAUCCGACCGAGAAUAAUUCUGCAAGCGAUUUGCUGAAAAUCCAUCUUCGUCUCAACUCGAUCAAGAACGUAAUCGAAACGCUGGAGUUCUUUGCUCCAGAAAUGAGGACAAUAUACGAACAGGUUUGCUUCCCCAAGGAAACCUACUAUUCCGAGGAUCAUCCUCAGGACCCUUCGGCUUGCAUAAUUACGCACGUCGGGUCGCUGGAUGAUCAGAUUGAAUACCUUGAAAUAACCAAGAAAACAAUCGGUCAUCAAAAGCUAGUACGAAUCUGCGAUUCCCUGCAGGAAGCUCUCGAUAGGAGCCGAGCUUCAGACGAUAUCUACUUACCCCCUGGGCAACAUGAGGUGAAGCUUUUCGAAGAUCUGAACGGUGAUGGUUCGAUACAAGCUAUUGGUAGCGAUCAAACGCAAACCGUGAUCCGAUGCAGACAGGAUGAUACUGUUCUGUUAACACUGGCUGGAGAUUACCGCUUGGAGAAUAUUACUCUCGAUUGUUCCAACGUCCAAACGGGUAUUCUGGUGAAGCGUGGAAAUAUAACGUUCAAAAAUUGUUGCUUCACCGGUGAUCCGAAGGACAUAGCCAAUCAUGGAAUUCUUGUUUGUGGAAACGGAACAAUCCGUCUUGAGCAUUGCGUCGUGGAGAAUUUCUCCUUCGGCAUCUGUGCCAACAGCAGAUGCAACGUUCAGCUACACAACAGCACCGUUCGGGAUUGCUUCGAGGGAAUCAAAAUUGUCGAUGGCUGCAGGCUUGAAAUCAGCUCGUCAGCGGUCGUAAACUGUCGAAACUACGGAACCAUUCUGGAAAUGGACGACGACGACGACGACGAGAAGGAUGAAUCUGCCGGAGAAACUGAGGCGGUCCAAUGUUACCAGGACUAUCGGCAACUGCGAGAAUGGAAGGAAUUUGUCUUCGAAGGUGCUUGCCAGUUUCAAAACAAUGGAAACGGAAACUUUGUAGUUUUUCGGAACGAUGUGGGGCAGUAA